AUGGAAAAUAAAAAACCAAGAACAUCUACUCUUUCAGUAGAAAAAAUAAGAACAGCCAUUAACAAAGAAUUUAAAACAUGCCAAGACGUUGUAGAAUUUUUUAUCAGCCAAGAGAAAGAAAGAACAAACAAAGAGAUAAACAAAGGAGUUGGUACUGGAUAUGGGAUUGCUCUGAAAUCUUUCUAUAACAAAGUACAUUCAUUGGGUCUUACAAAAAGAUCUUUUGAAGAAUACUUUCAAUGGUUUAUUGCUGGAUUAAAAAAUGUAAUGAAUAAAUUAAUCACUAACAAUGAUGGGACAUUAGAAAAGAACCAAUCAACUAUUUAUAUUCCAAUUUCAGAAUCUGGAAUACCUUCAACAGUUCAAAUAAAAAGGUGGGAAGUAUUUGGGAUAUUAGCUUGUUCUUUCUUUAAUGUUCAAUGGGAAGAUAAAGUAGAACGUAUUGGAAAUAUUUCUUUAGUGUACAUUUCCACAAACAGUCGUGUUUCUAUUGAAAGACUUAUUUGUAUUUUUGCCUAUUUCCAUGUGAUGAUUGAAAUAGACGAAAAAACACUUCAAGAAAUUGUUACGUAUGAACGGGUUAUUCAAAAAACAUCAUAUGAUUGGGAACACAAUGAAACUCCAAUUAAAACAUAUCCUUUUGUCAGUGGAGGUUUAGAAAUGUCAGAAAUGAAUGUCCAUGUUGAUUUUGCUAAUAAAUAUCUACAAAUCCAUAAAAUAGUGCCGAGUGUAACUCAAGAAGAAUUACUUUUUAGUGUUAGACCUGAAUGUUUUAUUUCUUUGAUAUUAUUUGAAGUUUUAUUAGAUAAUGAAGCAGUACUCAUAAAAAAUACACUUCAUAUUAGUUUGAGUGAAGGAUAUCAACAAACAUUUAAAUGGAUAGGUUUUUGUAAAAAACAAACAUUAAAACAACAAAAUACAAUUCUAGCUAUUGACUCAGUAAUUAAUACAUGUUUUGGAAAAGAAAAUAUUGAUAGAGACUUAAAUAAGUGUAUGGUUGGAUUUCAAUACGCUGGUAAUAAAAUUGCUACAGGCCAAUGGGGUUGUGGUUCAUUUGGUAAUGACCCAUUAUUAAAAAUGGCACAACAAUAUAUGGUUCUUUCAACUUUAGGAUUUGAAGCUUCAAUACAUUGGAUGAACUUUGCUCGAUAUAACGAAUUAAAUGAUUAUAUGGAAAUUUGUAAAACCAAAGGAAUGACAAUAAAAGAUGUCUAUUAUAUUCUUUGUUCAUUUGACGGCGAUAAGAAUACAUUUGUUGAUUAUUUUAAACAACAAAUCCAAUCUUUCCAUAAAUAA